CGUUAGGUUACUCGUUACUGAAAAAAGUGGUCAGAUUAGAGUAAGAGUUGAGUUACCCUGCAUCACUGCACGUCAUUAUUAAACACAAUUUCAGGAGGUACAAUGAUCUGCGUGAAAUGCUUGCGUGUGCAAAGUGAAGUCAAGGUUAGCUGUUCCACCCGAGUGUGACUCUCCAUCUGAUUCCAAAUGGCGAUAUUUUCUCUUGUUUUAUCUGGCCAAGACAGUGUACCUUUCAGAUAUGUGUAUGCAGGUCAUGGCUACACCCAUCACCUCCACUGGCUUGACCUUUUUGUAGAAGACAUGAAUCAGCUGCAUUCUAAGCAGAAACCGCUCAAUAAUCUGUACCUUUUAGAGGUAAAAUGAUCUGAAAUCUGAUGCUUUGUCUCAUUAAAUGCUUUCCGAGAAACAUUUCUCUCCAAGAGUUGAUCAAAGUAUGUUUGAGAACUCCAUUGCCCAACAGCAGAGUCCUCAGACCUCCAGGCUGGGCCAGCCCUCGGCCCGACGCUCCCCAGCAUCAGCUAAUCAUAACCUCAGUUCCAGCUCCGUCGACUCUCCGUCCUCCGGAGGCCAACAGAGGCUUAAAAAUGCCAUUAAUCUGGGCAAGGCUGUCGGCGCAAAGGUCAAUGACUUGUUAAGAAGAAAGGAGCCCAGCCACCUCGGGGACAUCGGAGUCACUGAGGUCAACAAGAACGUUGGUGCCAAUUGGAGCUGUAUGGACCAACUUAACCAGACCACUGCAAACAGUCACAUCUCCUCCUUUGACUCCUUCCCCCGGCUGGACCCCCCGCCUCCAUCGGGGAAAAAGCGCCUCCCUCGAGCGCUGAAGACCACGGCGGACAUGAUGAUCUCCUCUGACCCCGUUGUCUCCUCUCCGGACCCUGCUGACUCCUCCUCCUUCCUCUCUUCUCCUGACAAGACGCCCCUCAUCGCCAAGGAGGAGCUGAGGAACAGCGAGGAGGAGGAGCAGCAGCAGCAGCCGGGCGAGAAGAAGGACGAGGGGUCAGAGGAGCUCACGUUGCCACCGGGCCCAGCAGAGAAGAAAGUCGCUGCCGAGUGGGAGACGACGGGAAGCAACGGCAAAGUUGAUGGAGUGAUAGGUGGAGAAGAAGAUGAUGUGGAGAACAGGAGCAGUGAAGGAGGUGAAGAGGAACAGCCCCAGCUGCAGCUCUCUGUGCCGGACCUCAUCAACAAAGACACAAAGCCAUGCGACGUCUGGCAGAAGGCGUCAGGGCCGGACUCCCGGCAGGCCUCCACCCCCCGCUCGGGGAAAACUUCCUGCCGCAUCAGCCUGGGGGAGGAGGUCCUGCUGGGGAACGGCGCGCCGUGCAACAACGGCACCGGAGGGAGCGCCGUAGACCCCGAGCCCCACCCGGACCUGCUGUCGUUUGAGUAACGAGCAGAGCCGGGGGUCAGAUACCACUUCAGUAUGUCUCGAAAAAGUUUUGGAACUUUGCUUUUUAAUUUUCACUCUAGAGGCUCAAGAGGUAAUUCAAACAGACAAAUGAUGAAAAGUACUGCGGAUCAAAUAUUCACUGCCACUUUUAAAUAUAGAACUCGACCUGCUCCGGGCUUUGCUUUAGGAAAAGGGGAAAAGUGCUUUCAGGAAUCAGGGCAGGUGCCAGAUCUGUUGCAUUUUUUACUUUUUUUAGCCACUUUUAAGAUGUGUGGAUGAGUUUAUAUGUCAUGGUGAUACAAUCUGGCCCUCCAACAUGGCUGAUCUCAGGUCAGUCAGAACACUAUGAGCUUAUUCCUGAGGAUAUGAACACAAAGCUGACCCGCACCAGAUGAGAUAUAAGUAGCGAGAGAGAAAAUAUGUUGGAGGUGAGGGUUUCGUUGUGAUGCAGACUAAAAAUGUUAACAUUUCAACUAUAUUACACGCAACAUUUAGGGAAUAUAAUAUAAUACAAUGUACUUAUCUUGUUUCAGCUCUUCCAAUAUUUUAAUGUCAGGUCUGCUUUAGGAAUGCAAUAAUACCAGAUGAAUGUAAGUAAUGUCAUGAAAUAUCCCUUUAAAUGGGCUAAACCUGUAAAUACAACUUCAUACAGACAUAUUUUCUUCCUGAAAAGUAAAAAGGUAUUACUUAUAUACAUCUUUGAAAGAAUGCAUGGGUUGUACUUACCAGCAUUAAGUUAUUAUAUUAUCAUGCCAUCAAUUUCAGGAACCCUUUUUGACAUCUUUAAAACCAUUUUAGAGGGAUAUUUGUUUCAUGAUGGUCACACUGUAAGUCAAUAUUCUACAAAAGCUGCUACAAUGAAACCAAUUACAAACUGCAACUAAUAUGAGUUUUAAAGAAAUGUAGUUCACAUUAAAUAUAAUUAUAAUAUUUAAGUUUUAGCAGAAUUUUCAUAUAGUGUAAUAGUAAUUCCAGCAUGGAAAUAUCUUGAAAAGUGAAUGCAGAGUCAGAAGGAAACGCGAGGGAGAGGAUGGAGGAAUGCGGACGUGUUCGAGAUGGAAAGGUUUCGGUGUGGGGCGAUUGUGGGGGGGGGGGGGGUUGACUUUCAGUUCAGUCGGUAAGAAAUGUCUCGCAGCAGUUUCUGCCGUAGUUUGUCAGGACUGGAAGCCUGUUGACCUGUAGCUUCAUUCAUAUUUCAUCCUUUAUGACCCGUUUUUGGUUCAGGAGUUUUUAGAAAUUUUCCCCUCCGACACUGGCAUCUCAGCAAGUGAAAAUAUUGAUCAGCAUCCCAAUCAGUUGGUUGCUUUUCACUGGAUUGAAAUCGGGGAUUUCACGUUCAUUUAGUUUGAAUAUUUAAAAAAAAAAAACUCAAAAAAUGGAAGAAAAAAGAAUAUAUAAAUACAAUGAAAAUCCAGGUGUAAAACAGAUUAUAAAGAUUCUUUUUUUGGUACUUUGUAGUUAAAUAGUGCCUUCUGGUGGUGCGCGAUCACGGUAGGCUUGUAUCAUGUGGAUGCUCCGACAGCUUUGCUGUCAUUUACUUAGAAUUCCUAGAAACUACGCACUACAGCUUUAAAGGUCCAAUGUGUAGGAAUUUCUCCCAUCCAGCGUUGAGAUCAUAUAUCGCAAUCAACUCUC